AAUCCUAACGGAGAGUUGGGUCGCAAGGCAUAGGCUUGGUCAAUCAGUAACGCGCCGUACGGGUGAACGUUUGCUAAGGUUAUCCAUUACCAAAUAUCCCAGGUUACGGGUUAAUCACCCUGUCGAGAUUUGUUAAGCAAUUCAAUGUAUCGACCAACUGCAACGUGAUUUUUGUUUGCUCUCUCUGGAAAGUCAGCAGAGAAGUUUAGACAUUUGGAGAGCGCAGUGAGUGAUACAACGGAUUAGAAUGCGCUGCAUCGCUAAAACACUGGAGGUUAAAACUGAAAUAAAUUGGGGAAUGGUCUAUUUGUAAAACAUAAUGAUGGGGUCAACCCUCGAACUUCUUACAGAAUGGCCAGAGAAGAUUCUGUGAAAUGUCUUCGCUGCUCCCUUUAUGCUUUAAAUUUUCUUUUCUGGCUGAUGUCAGUGUGUGUUCUGGGUGUGUCUGCAUGGAUGAGAGAUUACCUGAAUAAUGUACUUGUGUUAACGACAGAGACCAGGUUGGAAGAAGCAUUCAUUUUGACAUAUUUUUCAGUGGUUCACCCCAUAAUGAUUGCUGUGUGCUGUUUUUUAAUAAUAGUUGGAAUGUUAGGCUGCUGUGGAACAAUAAAGGGAAAUCCAUUGCUGCUUGCUUGGUACUUUGGUAUCCUGCUUGUAAUAUUCUGUGUGGAACUAGCCUGUGGAGUAUGGAGCUAUGAUCAAGAUUAUUUGGUCACCGUUCAAAGGUCUGACGUGCUUGAGCUGAAGACUAGAAUGUCUCAUUAUGGUAUGGCCAGGUACCAGUGGUUAACCCAUGCCUGGAAUUUCUUUCAGAGGGAGUUCAAGUGUUGCGGAGUGGCAUACUUUUCAGAUUGGUUGGAAAUGACAGAAAUGGAGUGGCCUCCUGACUCCUGCUGCAUUAGAGAAUUUCCUACAUGCUCUAAACAAGUCCUCAAUGGGAAUCAUAUUGAUAUUUAUCAAGAGGGCUGUGGACAGAAAAUAUACAACUUCCUACGUGGCACAAAGCAAUUACAAGUGUUGAAGUUUCUUGGGAUUUCCAUUGGAGUGACGCAGUUACUGGCCAUGAUACUGACUAUUACAUUGCUCUGGGCCUUAUACUAUGACAAAAAGGAACCAAGAACUGGCCAAAGGAUGGGCCCAAAAAAUCUGAGUGUCCAGCAUUUUGCCUGUCAUUCAAUAGAACUAACAAAACAUGUGCCAAAGAACAAUGAGCUGAGACAGACACGUGCAGCACACAAGUUUUGUACACACUUUGAAAUAGAGGAAUUGUAGCUGGUAUUGACCACAUCAGCUGGAUGCUGGAAAGAUAGCAUGAAAAUUUCUUUUACCAUUGCACAGAUAUCACUAUAGAAUUUUGAAAGGACUUCUGAAUUCUGUAUUACCGCAUCAGACCAAACAAAUGUUUAAGAGGCUGAGAAAGAAACUUUUCAGCAAAGGUAAUUGGAAAAGGAUUUACUUUGAUUAAGAUAUUUUUGAUUGCUGCUACAGAAGACAUGUACUCUCUUGAGUAUCAGUCUCCCUUUUGACCAUCUUUACUUGACAUUCAAUUGAUUGAUUCAGUGUUGUCUCAUGUACCAAUAUACAGUGAAAAGUGUUGUUUUGUGUGCUAUUCAGGCAGAUCAUACUGCACCAAGUGCAUCAGGGUGACAUCCAUUCAUUUGAGAUCUUCUUAUGUCUUUGCUUCUGACCUUCAUUCCAGGACAACAAAAUCAAUUACUUUCCAGGCAUUGAUGUUUACCCAUUUUAACACCAAAGAGCAGUAGGAAUACUGAACAUCAUCUAUCAGUGAUGCUCUGAUCAAUGUAAAAGUUCAUUAAUUAAAUAUAUUUUACAAGCAUUUUGACAGGGUUCUAGAAUACUGAAAUUAUUGUAAUGGACCAGGAGUUCUGAGUUCACCAGUUGUUUUUCUUUCAGGAGAGCUCGAUUGCUGUGCUUUGAAAAUUUUCCUGAAAUAUAUUAAUCAAUUCAAAUUUGUUUAUGUUCUGUCUUAACUAAAUAUUAGUGUAACUGAUUAAUGUACUAUUGUGUCAUUUAUUGGUGGGUACAAGAAAUCACAUCAUUGAAUAUUAGUCUCUGAAUUUAGCUCACUUCUAAUUUUUAUGAUACCAUAUCAGAAAUUUACAUCUUUGUUUUAAAACGAUUGUAUGCAGAACCUAUUUACUUUAUGAUUACAAAAGUCACAUUUGUGAUUAUGCUGUGUUAUUUAUGUGUUGUAUGUUUCAAUAAUUUUUAAGUAACGCAAACUGUUGCAUCAAACGGCAGCACUACUUAGAUUUUCUACAUUUAAUAUUUCAAGGGUACAUUGAAAAAAACCUUUGAAUUUAAUGAUUUUUUUAACUUCUGAAAUAAGUUUUACAACAAUGUUCCUUCAUAGUUAUACAGUGUUGCAAUAUGUUGGAACAACCAUGUACUCUGACAUUGAGUACUAAAAUAUUGAUUUCUGGCCAUUAUCCUGGUGGUUGAAGUUAAGUCUGAGCAAAUGCAUAUUCAUUGGAAAAUUUAGUAGCUUUUGGCGAGUGCCUUUGCGUAUGGGAGUUGGGAUGUUCUGUUGAGUUUGUGCAGAAUGUUGUUGGGGCCUCUUCAGGAGUACUGUGUCUAGUUCUGGUCUCCCUGUUGUAGGAAGGAUAUUAUUAAGCUGGAGAGAAUUCAGAAGAGAUUUACCAGGAUGUUGCUGGGAAUGGAGGGUUUGAGUAUGUAAGGAGAGACUGGAUAGGCUGGGACUUCUUUCAUUAGAGAGUAGAAGUUGAGAGGUGACCUUAGAGUUUCAUAAGAUAAUGAGGGGUAUAGAUAAAGUGAAUGGCAGGUGUCUUGUCCUGAGGGUGGGGAAUUUCAAGACUAGGGGUCAUAUUUUUAAGGUGAGAGGAUAAAGAUUUAAAAAAGACAUUAUGGGCAAGUUUAUUUUAGUGGUUCAUGUGUGGUGAACUUUAGGAGGAAGUGGUGGAUGUGGGUACAGUUGCAAGGUUUAAAAGACAUUUGGCUAAUUCUGUGAAUGAGAAAUGUUUGGAGGGAUAUGAGCCAAGUGCAGACAGGUGGGACCAGUUUAGUCUGGGUUUAGGAUUAGUGUGGACUGGUUGGACCAAAUGGUCUAUUUCUAUGUUGUAUGAUUCUACAACUUUAUGAAAUUUUAGCAGGUCACGUUGUGAAGCUUUCAUGUAGCUACCACUUUAUGCCACAAGCAAAUUGUUUGCUAUUGGAACAAAAUGCUGAGAAGGACAGAGCGGUUAUAGGAAGGUCCACAAAUUAACAUAUUGACAGCUACUUUUACUCUUAACACUAUUUUGAAAAUAAACCAAUUUUGAUUUCAUGAAGUCCUAACUCAAGGUUUAAAUCCCAAAAGAUAUAAAUUGAGAUGGCAGAUUUCAACUGCAUAAGACAAGGCAUAAAUAUUCUUUGUGAACCUCAUAUCAUUGGUUAUCCUUACUUCAUAGGAAUAAUGACAUAUUAUAUCUAAUUUUUCGUUGGUCCUAAGAGGUAGCAGGAAUAGAGCAAAAAAGAUAGCACUUUGAAAGGCUUCAGGAUUUUUUUUCCCUAAAAUUACACAGCAUUCUGCACAAAAUUUUUGUUUUUAUCCUCUUAUGGGACAUGGCGUCGCUGGCUAGCCAGCAGUUAUUGUCCAUCCCUAGGUACGAUUGAGAAGGUGGUAGUGAGCUGCCGCCUUCAACCACUGCAGUCUGUGCUGUAGGUAGACCUACUAUGCCCUUAGGGAGGGAAUUCCAGAAUCUUGACGCAGUGACAGUGGAGGAAUGGUAAAAUAGUUCCAAGUCAGGACGGUGAGUGGUGUGAAGGGGAUAUUACGGGCUUUGGUGUUCCCAUGUAUCUGCUGCCCUUGACCUUCUAGUUGGAUGUGGUUGUGUGGUUUGAAGGUGUUAUGGAAGAAUCUUUAGUGAGUACUACAGCACAUCUUGUGGGCUGUACACACCGCUAUCACUGAGUGUCAGUAGUGGAGGGAGUGGAUGCUUGUGGAUGUGGUGCCAAUCAAGUGGGCUGCUUUGACCUGGAUGGUGUCAAACUUUCUUGUGUUGAUGGAGCUGCACCUAUCCAGGCAAGUGGGGAGUAUUCGUCACACUCCUGAUUUGUGCCUUGUAGACAGUGGACAAGCUUGGGGAGUCAGGAGGUGCGUUACUCAUUGCAGUAUUCCGAGCUUAAAACCUGACAGUGUACAUAUAUGGCAAGUCCGGUUAGAUUUCUAGUCAGUGGUACCCUCCCGAAUGUUGAUAGUGGGGAGUUCAGGUGAUGGUAACGCCACUGAAUGUCAAGGGGUGGUUUUUAGGUUGUCUCUGUCUCUGAAGAUGGUUGUUACUCAGAAUUUGUGUGGCAUGAAAGUUAGUCGUUCCUUGUCAACUCAAGCCUGAAUAUUGCCCAGAUGUUCAAAUCUAAUAUCGCUACUUCAGGAUCUGGAGGAUAAUACAUGGGCUGAAUUUUUAUAAUUGCAGGAUUUUUAUCAGGAAAAUAUAUUGUAUUUCUGAUAGGAUCAACAAUUAGGGAGGGAAAGAAGAGUCAAAAGAAAGAAAUGUACAAACUGCAAUAAGUAACUGCAAAAGAUUGUAAGUAUAGCUAUAAUGAAUGAAAGAAUGUGAAGAUGGCACUUAUGAAUUUAAACUCAUUUCAGUGGGGUAGCUGGGAAUCUUUGAAACCUGGCCAGUACAGGGUCAACCUUAAGAGUUAUAGAGUGACAGAAUUGUACAACAUGGAAACGGACCCUUUGGUCCAACUUGUCCAUGCUGACCAGAUGUCUUAAACUGAUUUAGUCUCAUUUGCCAACAUUUGGCCCAUAUCCCUCUCUAAACCCUUCCUAUUCACGCACCCAUCCAGAUGCUUUUUAAAUGUUCUAAUUGUACUCACCUCCACCACUUCCUCUAGCCCUUGUUUUAUACAUGCACCACCCUCUGUAUGAAAAUGUUGCCCCUCAGGUCCCUUUUAAAUCUUUCCCCUUUCAUCUUAAACCUAUGUCCUGUACUUUGGACUCCCCUUCCCUGGGAAAAAGACUUUGGCUAUUCACCCUAUCCAUGCCCCUCAUGAUUUUAUAAACCUCUAUAAGAUCACCCCUCAGCCUCCAAUAUUCCAGGGUGAAAAAGCCCCAGCAUUUUCAGCCUCUCCUUGUAACUCAAACCUCUAAUCCUGGCAACAUGCUUAAAUCUUUUCUGAACACUGUCAAGUUUAACAACAUUUUUCCUAUAGCAGGGAGACCAGAAUUGAACAUAGUAUUCUAAAAGUGGCCUAACCAAUGUCUUGUACAGCUGCAACAUGAAGUCCCAACCUUAUAUUCAAUGCACUGAAUAAUGAAGGCAAGCAUGCCAAACUCCACCUUCACCACCCUGUCUACCCGUGACUCCGCUUUCAAGGAACUAUGAUACUGCAACCCUAAGUCCCUUUAUUUGGCAAUACCCACCAGAGUUCUAACAUUAUGUGUAUAAGUCCUGCCCUGACUUGCCUUACCAAAAUGCAGCAUCUCACGUUUAUCUGAAUGAAGCUCCCUCUGCCAAUCCUUGGCCCAUUGAAGAAGGUUAUCUCAGAGUACAAUUGGAUACAGGUUACUGUGUUUUUGAUGAGUUGGAGUUUGUAUAGGUUCGUAUCAGGUAAACCAGCAAAGAAAGCAUACUAGAAAUCAAGCAUUCAAGUGAUUAUGGCCUGAAUAAGAGUUUCAAUGAUGUAGGGGAGAAGAUAAAGAGAAGCCUUUUGAGAUGGACCAAAUAUACAAUUAGAGACCAUUGAUUAGCUGCAUCAACAGGAGGACAGGCUAUAGUGCUUAGUAUUAUUUAGCCCCACGUAUCAGCUGAAGAUAGGUAUGUUAUUAAUUGCAGGAUCCAAAAGGCUAUCAAAAAUGUUUUUUCUUCCAAAGGUUCAUUUUGAAGUCGCCACAUAACAAUGUGACACGGUUAAUUAUUCCUAAUCUAGCUGUCUGAAACAGAAAAUUAACUCCUGUAAGUAUAGACAACAAAAUGUG